AUGGUGAAUCCAGGCAAGCGCAUGCACAUAUUAAAAGCCUUGCUGGAAUUACGCCAUGGCCCCGGUGCAGCGAUUCUACCUCCCGAGAUCACACGGAUACAUCUAGACUUUGCCCUGCGCUGGAAUGAUGGACAUAUGGGACCAAGGAAAUUCUGGAAGACAUGUCUACCUCGCCUAAAAUUCUGGAACCCAGCAGUUCCGAUGCUAGUCAAUCGAUCGACAAACCAGACCGGCCCGGCGCUCAUGUCCAUCUACUUCCGCCAGAGCGCCGCCAAAGCGACGAAAAACUUGACGCCGCUCGUGCAGCAACCACACUCGAGUACAACCAACGAGUGCCCCGCGCCGCCCCCCGAGGAGGAGGAGCGCGUCGUCACUAUCGACAUGAAGCACCAGCACUCAGAUGCGAUAUUGACCGAGUUUCUGCAGAAGACAGGCGCGACGCUGGUGCAUCCGACGCCCGACGAGCAGAUGGAGAUGCAACAGGUCGAGGAGCUCCAGGAGAAGGGUGCGGUGGAUAGGGCUAUUGUGAAGAAGUAUCUCGAUGAGAAGAGGAGGGAGGAGAAGCUGUUGUUGCAGGCCAGACAGGAGGCUGAGGCUAUCAAGUUGGCCAAUCAAUAG